AUGUUUUUGAUCCGCCCACUCAGCCACGCAGGCCAGAGAGAGACCAACCCUGCCGUGAAGCGCUCCUCCCGGUCAUCUAUGUCAUCCAGGGGUUACUCGAGGAGGGGGCCUUCAGACGACAAUGUUGGCUCCGACGGGGGGCUCCGGAGGCGUGAGCUUUAUCUAAACGGGCCUUCCCAGGACCGUGCCUCCAAGCGUAGCACCGAGGGUGCUCUGGCCCCUCCUGGCUCGAAAAGCUCGCAGAAGAGCAAGGGGGGCAACCAGUCGCAUCCCGAGGCCUCGGGCAGUGGCUCAAGGAAGAGCGAGGGCAGCCAUGGGGUACAUGCGUCGGCAACGGGCAAUGAUGAUUCGUCGACCAGGCCAAGGAAGGUUAAGCUCAAAAUCGGAGGGAUCAGUCGGAGCAUACCGGCAAAACCAAACCCUGAUGCACCAGAUUCCAGGCCUUCGCAGCCAGGAGAAUCGCGGCACCGCCAAAAGCAUGCUAGUCAGACUGAAGGGACAAAAGAUUCCAGUAGGUCGCAAGACAAGAAAACAAGAAGGGAGAGAGCACUUGAAGACACCUUUACUCCAGAACAACCAGCCAAAGUUCAGAGAGAAUCAUCUUCAGAUCCUGUCCGGAAGAGUAGGAGGCUUGCUAAGAAAUCCAUCUUGGACAGUGAACUAGACGAGGAAUAUGAUACAAGUGCUCUUGAAAACCUUGGAGCUUCUAAUGAUAAUGAUGGUCGUAUUCGUGAUUCCAAGAACAAAGGAGGAAGUAACUCUAAGAAGAAUGCCUCAAAGAAAGAUAGAAGUAGGAGCACAGUGUAUGAGGUCGAUAAUGAUUUUGUUACACCGCAAUCAAAUAGAGAUGGCAAGAAAAGGUCGAGAGAAUCUACUGAUGCUGAAGAGGAACUGGCCUCUGACAGUGAGCCUGAAGCCGAAAACAAGAAGCAGAAGGCAGUCGUUGAAUCACCUGCAAAUGUUAAGAGUGAACCUCUGACAACACGUCGCCGUGCCCUUCAGUCAUGGAUGGAUGGGAACAGCAACAGUACCAUUGAGUUCCCUGACGGUUUACCUACAGCUUCAUCAAGAAGCAAGAAGGAAAAGCUCUCUGACGCAGAGAUGAUCGCCAAGAAGGCUGAGGCUGCUCAGCGGCGCAAGAUGCAAGUGGAGAAAGCCACUAAAGAAAGCGAGGCUGAAGCUAUAAGGAAAAUAUUGGGCCUGGACACCGAGAAGAAGAAAGAAGAAAGGAAGCAAAAGGAGCGAGAGGAGAAGGAAAAGGCAGCCAGAGCGCAAGAUCUUGCCAGAAACAGUAUUAGGUGGGUCAUGGGGCCCAAAGGCACUGUGGUUUCAUUCCCAGAGGAGUUAGGCCUCCCUAGCAUCUUCAACACCAAGCCCUGCAGCUACCCUCCCCCGCGUGAGAAGUGCGCCGGACCAUCGUGCACAAAUGCGUACCGGUACAGGGAUUCGAAGCUGAAGCUCCCCCUCUGCAGCCUGAAGUGCUACAGAGCCGUCAAUGGGAACGCUUGAUUUUAAGGAUGGAGUCGCAGCCGCUUUCGGGUCCAUGCACUGUCGAAAUAAGAGAGCACGCUCGCUCCUGAUGAUGGAAAUUUGUUUCUUGCUCCAAUAAGUGCUUCAUUGUGUGCAGACAUGCAUAGUUACAAAUAGAUCUGUGGGUAAAUGGUUUUCUUGUACUGCACCAGUUUGUUUAAUGUUUACUGAUCAGCAUCAGAUGUGCUGAACUAUGAUGUUAUCAGACGCUGUCUAUGUAGAUAUUAGCGAUGCAUAUAGAAAGUAAACAGCAGAAUAAUCUUGUUUUCUCUUUUUUCUUGUGGGCUACCGCAGAACAAUCAUAUAUUUUCUCCGAUAUUUGGUGA